CACGUAUGUACCAUAUCCUUUUUCCUCUAUUAAAGGUCCCUUUCCUUAGAGCAUCACCUGAUGCUCUUCGACUGUUUGAAAUCCCCUAAAUAGGUAGGUAUAGCAGAUACAUACAGGUGUCCAUGAAAACUUAGAGUCUGAACAGCCCGACUUCAGCUUCUAUUAUAUCCAAUGUUGUGAUGCCGCUGACCUCAUUGUUUAUCUUUAGAGGAUAUUAAAGCCGUUAAUGCUCUCGUGGACGAGGAGCGUCAAGCCGAGAACGAUCGAGCCAUGGCAUGUGAGCUUGCCGGUCUUCCUGCUCCUCCCAGGAGCGCGGUACAACCCCUUGCUACCCUUUCGGUUCUUCCCGCGCAGCAAACCAGACGAAUGGCGGCAUCGGCCAACGGGUUGGGAUCUCAGAAUACUAAAAAUCGCCAUCACAGAGUUGAGUCCACUCGUGAUUGUGUGAACGAAGAGAGUGAGAACAUGGAUCUAGACGAGCCACGUCGCAAACGUGACAAAGUAGGAAGCCAAGUCAUAGAUUUGACUCUCCCUGAAAAACCAGCUACUUUGCCAUGUGUAAGCUGCGGCGAUGAUUAUGACCCUACGUUGUUGGCGCACAUGGCUUGUGAGCAUGACUAUUGCCAAGAUUGCGUGCAGAGAGUUGUCGUCAAUGCUCUCAACGAUGAGGCCUGUUACCCACCUCGCUGUUGCAGGCAACCUUUCCAUAUAGAUGCUAUGAGGCACUUCCUAACCCCCGAAAUCAUUAGUGGAUUCCACGAAAAGCAAAUCGAGUUUGGCACGACUAACCGCAUUUACUGCUCGAAUCCGACUUGCUCGACUUUCCUCUACCCCGCAAACAUCACUCGUGAUAGAGGGGACUGUCCCAUUUGCUUAGUCGCAACAUGCACCAUCUGCAAAGGCGCAUCCCACUCCGGAGAUUGUCCGCAAGACACUGGUGUUCAGCAAGUACUGGCUCUGGCUAAUGGAGAAGGUUGGAGAAGAUGCUCGAAGUGCAAAGCCGUGGUUGAACUCGGGCAUGGUUGCAACCAUAUUACAUGUCGUUGCAAGGCUGAAUGGUGUUACGUAUGCUGUGCCGCAUGGAAAACGUGCCCAUGCCCUACUUGGCACGAGGAUCGGCUGCUCGCGCGAGCGGAGCAUAUCGUCGAUCAACAGCCAGCUGCUGCUCCACAACCCCCACAACUACAGCGACCUCAACAAGUGGCGGCUGCACGACAAUACGCCCUCGAACACCAUAACUGUGACCACCAAGCCUGGAGCAAGGUUGGUGGGUUCGCCAACUGCGAUGAAUGUGGUCGGGAUUGCAAUAAAUACCGAUUUCAAUGUGUGGGAUGUCGUAUGGAUGCGUGCUAUGCUUGCCGCAUGUAUAGGCUAUAAUUGGACACUUUCUUUUUACUCCGAGGCCGACGGAUAGACCAACGAAAAUGAAAGGUUUGUGCGUCACAGUUCAUGUGUGGAUGAACUAGGAACAUGGGAUGUGUUGGAACGUUGUUAUUGCCAAGUGUGUAUCUUUAAACCUUUUGUGUUUGUAUUUCUCAUAGUAAUACGUGGAACUAGAAUAGAGGGAUGAGAGAC